UGUAGUCAGAGACGUCAGAGUCAGAUGUACAUUGUACAUUGAUCACUCGUGGUCCUUUACGUCUGUUAAACCUUAAACAUAGUAUUGAUUAUAAUUAAUUGAGCAAUUGAAGAACAUGGAAGUCGCUGAUCAAGAUGCUCAUGAUGAUUAUUAUCUAGAACUAUCUUCAGAUCCAAUUAGGUUUGAAUCAGUCAGCUGUUUGACAAACGUUUUCUUUGAUGAUUCAAAACAACAGGUAUUUGCUGUUCGAUCUGGAGGUGUAACAGGUGUAUUAGUUAAAGGACCAAAUGAAAAUUUAAGUUUCCGAAUGGAAGAUAAAGGUCCAGUGAUCUCUAUUAAAUUUUCUCCUGAUAUGAAUAUACUGGCGGUGCAACAUAAUAAUUCUUCAGUCGAAUUUAUAAAUUAUUCACCAGUAGCUGGACUAGAUAACAUAGAAUAUUCACAAUCAUGCAAAGGAAAAAAUGCAACUAUAUUGGGAUUUGUUUGGACACAUGGAAAUGAAAUAUUGUUUGUUACUGAUUAUGGUGUUGAGUUAUUUCAAGUAAAUCCUGAAAAACGCAAUGUCAGAUUUUUGAAAUGUUUAAGUUUAGGUGUUAAUUGGUUUGUAUUUUGUCCGCAAAGUUAUUUAGUAUUAUUAUCAUCAGGGACAGUGGGAAAUCAAAUGCAGACAUUGCAUGUAACACCUGGAAAUCUUCAUAAAUUAACUAAAUUCGAGGUGGAAGUUGGUACAACAAAACCAGGAAAAUUGGCCGUCUAUGAGAGAGACGUGGCAUUGACAGUUUUAUAUGGGAUACCUUGCAUUAUUUUGCUACGUCAUCAACCAGGUACUAAUCGUUCUACUGGGGCUGCUUCUGUAUAUGUAUAUACUGUGCAUAAUAGAAUGACAACAAUCAAAAGAAGUCAUAUCUUGAAACUUGAUGUUAGUGGUAAAUUUGCCAUUAAUGUUGUAGAUAACCUUAUUAUUGUUCAUCAUCAAACCACGAAAACUUCCAUGAUUUUUGAUAUUAUGUUAUCGGGCAUAAGUGAUGGUACUGUAAUGCAUCAUACUAGCAUGGCACCAGCAAAACCAAUCAAACCAUAUAGUUUAAAAGUUCCAGGAACAACCUUGUCAAAUGAAACAUAUCAGCCUUGCCAACUAUAUUCGCCAAAUUGGGUUGUCUUUCAACCAAACAUAAUAAUUGAUGCAAAAUUAGGUUGCCUCUGGUAUAUUGAAUUAAAAUUGGAAUCUUUGGCGAGACUUAUCACAGACAAAGUGUUGCUCGUCGAAUUUUUAAUGCAGCGGACAAAUACAAAGUACAUUUUGAUACAUGUAUUACAAAAUUUUAUGAUGCAGCUGCCUAUAAGUUUAAUGGAGAUGCCAAUCAUAUUCAACAAGUUAAAUUCCGUCUAUAGGAAUUACUUAGAAAACGAAAUACAAAAUCAGAUGGGUACUCCAUUGCAAAAUAACGCAAAAUGCUUAAGCACGACAACAGAAAAUUACAAGUAUAAAUUGCUGCUGGAUCAAAGUGAUGUAUAUAGUUAUAUAUUAUCGAAAUUUCCUGAAAAUACCAUUGAACCAAAAAUGAUUGUAUGGGUUCUUUUAGAAUAUAUCAGAUCAUUAGCGGAACACAGUAUACCCGUACAGCAUUAUUUACACGAAUUAGUUAUCACAACAUUAGUUCAACGUAAAGCAUACUACCAACUUCACCAGUUACUACAGUAUCAUGUAGUUGCCGAUUCGAAACCUCUUGCGUGCCUAUUGCUCUCUUUAGAGAAUCUGUAUCCAGCUGCUCAUCAGCUUGCAUUGGAUAUGCUGAAACGUUUAGGAAAUGCUCAUGAAGAAAUAAUCGAAGUUCUUUUAUCGAAAGGAUACAUUUUACCAGCGUUACGUUACGUUCGAUCAGUUGGAAUGGUUGAUCAGGUGUCUGAUAGAAAAUUUCUGGAAGCAGCAAAAGCAACUGAGGACGCAACGCUCUUUUAUUCGGUUUUCAAAUUUUUUAAACAGCGUAAUUUAUAUUUAUACAAUGCUACAGGCUUUACAAAAGGGGAGCGCUAUCAGCCUUACAUCCAACAUUACAAGUAUUUAUUUGAAGGAAUUGAUAAUGGUUGUAAUUCGGAUACAAAUUCCAAUGUUACUACAAUUUCAUCGUGAGCUUUUGCUCUUUUCUCUGACUGUAUUCUUCAAAUAGUAACACAAUUCGAUUCUAUUGCAAUAUGAAACAACACCAAUUAUAUAUUUAAAAGUUAUAAUGUUACAAUUAGAAUGUUGUUUAGCUGUUUUCAUAUUUAUUCAUUUUAUAUAUUUUCAUUUGUAAAAUAUUUUUGUAUUGUACAUAUAUUAUACAUACACACAUACACCCGCGCGCAUUUAAUUAUAUUUAGAUAUAUAAUUAUAUUAUGAAUAUAAUAUAUGUAUCUGUAGUACUUACAACAACUUUUGUGUAACUAAUAUAGCCUGUUAAAAAAUUGUACAUAUCGUAUUUAUAUUUCGUGUUUUUUCCAAACACAUCUAGUUUCGAUAUGUGAUGAGCUAUUUGUCCUUUAACUCGUGUUGUUUGUAUCGUUACGACAAUAAUUUUCUUUUUAAUGCAAAACACGAUAUGCAAUACACGAUUCACGGCCACACUUCUGCCGUAAUAUGCAUAGUUAAAUUUAUAUAUGUUUCAACUCAUGAAAGUAGCCCUCAGAACAUUUAAUAGAGAAAAUAUUCUUCUGUUCAUUAUUCGUCGACAUUUCUGAAAUAUUUAGUAAAUACAACUUUUGCAUUCUUGGUGAAAGAACUGAAGCAGGAUCACUUAAAAAGAUCGACUUGAUAUAAAUAUUGAAAGUUUUGUUUUAUAUACCACACGUAAUAGUCCCACGCUCGCUUUCCAUAUACCGAUAUCGGACUGUCUUCAUGGUGUAUACACAUUUCUAAAUUUAACACACAUGGUAUUCAAUAUGUAGCGUACGCGCAGUAGUAUACGUAUUCAUGCGUACGUACACGCAGAAUGAUAUAAAGUGUUUCAAACAAUUUUUGACGAACAGACAAUUGUUACACAUUUUAAGAUGUGAAAAUAUCAACGUAUAAAUGGACGGACUCAAUUAAAAUAGAUAAAAAAUAUGAAUAAAUGAAAAUCCUUUAGUAGAGUAAGGAGAAAAGGGAGAAGUGGGAUGAGUUUUGAUUGGUCCAUUGGUUUUUACUUUUUUCUAAGGAUAAAAAAAUUAAGGAAAGAAAACGUGAAAUAUUGUUUUUAAGUACAUUAUAAUUAUUAAAACUGGAAAAUUUGGUCCUUUCUUUAUAAUUGCUGUAUACGACCAAGAACGGCAAAAUCUUUUAUCGACAUUAGUAUAUUUUUUUGUUGCUAUCUUAUGAGAUGCUAUCUCAUACGAGAUGAGUAUGCUUUUACGUAUCGUAUCAGAUUCGUGCUAUUUAUUUAAUGCGAAAACGAAAAUGAUCGAACGUACACGAUUCGCAGUACAUACUAUGAUAUCGUUUCAUUAGCGAAUCUUGCGACAAGAUAUACACAAAGAGUUAAACAAUUACACGUAAAAAGUGAGUAAAAUAGAGAAUGGGUGGAGAAAGAUAGAGAUAGAUAAAUAGAUGGUUACAGUAUUGGAUAAAAUUACAAGACAUUUCAUAUAUUU